GGCCUGGGGCCUGCGGCGGCGGCGGCGGCGGCGGCAGCAGCGGCGGCGGCGGCGGCGGCGGCGGCGGCAGCGGGUCGGUGUAGAAAAUGGCGCUGGUGCAGCGGCUCGGGCCUCUCCCCGCGGCGCUGCGGAGGGCUUGAGGCUCGCGAGCCUCAUCACCGCGCCCCACUUGCUCGUGCACUUUACACACAUGAGAGAAUUGGAAGCUAAAGCUACCAAAGACGUAGAAAGAAAUCUUAGCAGGGAUUUAGUGCAAGAAGAAGAACAGUUGAUGGAAGAAAAGAAAAAGAAAAAAGACGACAAGAAAAAGAAGGAAGCUGCUCAAAAGAAGGCCACUGAACAAAAAAUCAAAGUGCCAGAACAGAUAAAGCCCAGUGUAAGCCAGCCUCAGCCUGCCAACUCUAAUAACGGCACUUCCACAGCAACCAGCACUAAUAAUAAUGCCAAGCGAGCUACAGCCAACAAUCAGCAGCAGCAGCAGCAACAGCAGCAGCCGCAGCAGCCGCAGCAACAGCAGCAGCAGCAGCAGCCGCCACCACCACCACUGCAGCAGCAGCAGCAGCAGCAGCAGCCGCCGCAGCCACAGGCCUUGCCUCGGUAUCCUCGAGAAGUACCUCCACGAUUUCGCCACCAGGAACAUAAGCAGCUUCUAAAGAGGGGUCAGCAUUUUCCUGUCAUAGCAGCAAACCUGGGAUCUGCUGUUAAGGUGUUAAACAGCCAGUCAGAAAGCAGUGCUGUAAUAAAUCAGCAGCCACAAAAUAACGGAGAGGUGCAGAACAGCAGAACCGAGUCAGAUAUAAACCACAAUACUUCAGGAUCCCAUUAUGAAAAUUCCCAGCGGGGACCUGUGUCUUCUACGAGUGACUCCAGCACAAACUGUAAGAAUGCUGUUGUGAGCGACUUGUUGGAAAAAGAAGUAUGGCCUUCAGUCCCUGGCAGUGAUCCAGAAUUGGCUUCAGAAUGUGUGGAUGCUGAUUCUGCCUCCAGUUCUGAAUCAGAGAGAAACAUCACUAUCAUGGCUUCAGGGAGCACAGGUGGUGAAAAAGAUAGCCUUCGGAAUAGCACUGGACUUGGUUCCCAAAACAAGUUUGUGGUUGGUAGCAGCAGCAAUAAUGUGGGCCAUGGAAGCAGUACUGGACCGUGGGGGUUUUCCCAUGGAGCCAUAAUAAGCACAUGUCAGGUCUCUGUGGAUGCUCCUGAAAGCAAAUCAGAAAGUAGCAACAAUAGAAUGAAUGCUUGGGGCACUGUAAGUUCUUCAUCAAAUGGAGGGUUAAAUCCAAGCACUUUGAAUUCAGCUAGCAACCAUGGUGCCUGGCCAGUAUUAGAGAACAAUGGACUUGCCCUAAAAGGGCCUGUAGGGAGUGGUAAUUCUGGCAUCAAUAUUCAGUGCAGUACCAUAGGCCAGAUGCCUAACAAUCAGAGUAUUAACUCUAAAGUGAGUGGUUCUUCUACCCAUGGUACCUGGGGAAGCCUUCAGGAAACUUGUGAAUCUGAAGUAAGUGGUACACAGAAGGUUUCAUUCAGUGGUCAACCUCAAAAUAUUACCACUGAAAUGACUGGACCAAAUAACACUACUAACUUUAUGACCUCUAGUUUACCAAACUCCGGUUCAGUACAGAAUAAUGAACUGCCUAGUAGUAAUACAGGGGCCUGGCGUGUGAGCACAAUGAAUCAUCCUCAAAUACAGGCUCCAUCAGUUAUGAAUGGCACUUCCCUUUCUCAUCUUAGCAAUGGAGAGUCAAAAAGUGGGGGCUCUUAUGGUACUACAUGGGGUGCCUAUGGUUCUAAUUACUCUGGAGACAAGUGUUCCGGCCCUAAUGGCCAAGCUAAUGGUGACACUGUGAAUGCAACUCUAAUGCAGCCUGGCAUCAAUGGGCCUGUGGGCACUAACUUUCAAGUUAACACAAAUAAAGGAGGAAGCGUUUGGGAGUCUGGGGCAGCAAAUUCCCAGAGUACGUCAUGGGGAAGUGGAAAUGGUGCGAAUUCUGGAGGAAGUCGAAGAGGAUGGGGAACCCCUGCACAAAACACUGGCACUAAUAUACCCAGCGUCGAGUGGAACAAACUGCCUAGCAAUCAGCAUUCCAGUGACAGUGCAAACGGCAAUGGAAAGAAGUUUACAAAUGGAUGGAAGUCUACUGAGGAAGAGGAUCAGGGUUCUGCCACAUCUCAGACAAAUGAGCAAAGCAGCGUGUGGGCCAAAACAGGAGGUGCAGUGGAGAGUGAGGGUAGCACAGAAAGCACUGGACGCUUAGAGGAAAAAGCAACUGGGGACAGUCAGAGUCGAGACAGAAGAAAACUUGAUCAGCACACAUUACUCCAAAGCAUCGUGAACAGAACUGACUUAGAUCCACGUGUCCUGUCCAACUCUGGCUGGGGACAGACUCCUAUUAAGCAGAAUACUGCCUGGGAUACCGAAACAUCACCCAGAGGGGAAAGAAAGACUGACAAUGGGACCGAGGCCUGGGGAAGCUCUGCAGCACAGACUCUUAACUCAGGGGCAUGUAUGGAGAAGACUGGCCCUAAUGGUAAUGAUACCUCAGCUGUAUCGGGGUGGGGCGAUCCCAAGCCUGCUCUGAGGUGGGGAGAUUCCAAAGGCUCAAACUGCCAGGGGGGGUGGGAAGAUGAUUCUGCUGCUACAGGAAUGAUCAAGAGCAAUCAGUGGGGGAAUUGCAAAGAGGAGAAGUCUGCGUGGAAUGAUUCGCAAAAGAACAAACAGGGAUGGGGUGAUGGACAGAAGGCAAGCCAAGGUUGGUCCGUUUCUGCCAGUGACAACUGGGGAGAAACCUCAAGGAGUAACCAUUGGGGGGAGGCUAAUAAAAAGUCCAGCUCAGGAGGUAGUGACAGUGAUAGGUCCGUUUCUGGUUGGAAUGAACUUGGUAAAACUAGUUCUUUUACUUGGGGAAAUAACAUAAAUCCAAAUAAUUCAUCAGGAUGGGAUGAAUCUGCUAAACCUAAUCCUUCCCAGGGAUGGGGAGACCCUCCAAAGUCUAAUCAGUCUCUAGGUUGGGGAGAUUCAUCAAAGCCAGUCAGUUCUCCGGACUGGAACAAGCAACAAGACCUUGUUGGGUCCUGGGGAAUCCCACCAGCUACAGGCAAACCUCCUGGCACAGGCUGGCUGGGGGGACCCAUACCAGCCCCAGCAAAAGAAGAAGAGCCCACAGGCUGGGAGGAACCAUCCCCAGAAUCCAUACGACGCAAAAUGGAGAUUGAUGAUGGAACUUCUGCCUGGGGAGAUCCAAGCAAAUACAACUACAAAAAUGUGAACAUGUGGAACAAAAACGUCCCAAAUGGCAGCAGCCGUUCAGACCAGCAAGCACAGGUACAUCAGCUGCUGCCUUCUGCAAGUGCCAUCUCCAGCAAAGAGGCAAGCAGCGGCUCUGGCUGGGGUGAGCCCUGGGGGGAGCCUUCUACUCCAGCCACAACUGUGGAUAAUGGUACUUCAGCAUGGGGUAAACCCAUAGACAGUGGUCCCAGCUGGGGGGAACCCAUUGCUCCGGCAUCCAACACAUCCACCUGGGGCUCCAGCUCUGUUGGUCCACAAGCGUUAAGCAAAUCUGGGCCAAAAUCUAUGCAAGAUGGCUGGUGUGGUGAUGAUAUGCCAUUGCCUGGAAAUCGCCCCACUGGCUGGGAAGAGGAAGAGGAUGUAGAGAUUGGAAUGUGGAAUAGUAACUCAUCUCAAGAGCUUAACUCAUCUUUAAAUUGGCCACCAUAUACCAAGAAAAUGUCAUCGAAGGGUCUGAGUGGCAAAAAAAGGAGAAGGGAAAGGGGAAUGAUGAAAGGUGGAAACAAACAAGAAGAAGCAUGGAUAAAUCCAUUUGUUAAACAGUUUUCAAAUAUCAGUUUUUCGAGAGACUCACCAGAAGAAAAUGUACAGAGCAAUAAGAUGGACCUUUCUGGAGGAAUGUUACAAGACAAACGAAUGGAGAUAGAUAAACAUAGCCUGAAUAUUGGUGAUUACAAUCGAACGGUCGGGAAAGGCCCUGGUUCUCGGCCUCAGAUUUCCAAAGAGUCUUCCAUGGAGCGCAAUCCUUAUUUUGAUAAGAAUGGCAAUCCCAGUAUGUUUGGUGUUGGAAACACAGCAGCACAACCCCGGGGCCUGCAGCAGCCUCCAGCACAACCUCUUAGUUCAUCUCAGCCUAAUCUCCGUGCUCAAGUGCCUCCUCCAUUACUCUCCCCUCAGGUUCCAGUUUCAUUGCUGAAGUAUGCACCAAACAACGGUGGCCUGAAUCCGCUCUUCGGCCCUCAGCAGGUAGCCAUGCUGAACCAGCUAUCCCAACUAAACCAGCUUUCUCAGAUCUCCCAGUUACAGCGAUUGUUAGCGCAGCAGCAAAGGGCGCAGAGUCAGAGAAGCGUGCCUUCUGGUAACCGGCAGCAGCAAGACCAGCAGGGUCGACCUCUUAGUGUACAGCAGCAAAUGAUGCAGCAAUCUCGUCAACUUGAUCCAAACGUGUUGGUGAAGCAGCCGACUCCACCGUCUCAGCAGCAGUCACUCCAUCAGCCAGCCAUGAAGUCUUUCCUUGACAAUGUCAUGCCUCACACUACACCGGAGCUGCAAAAAGGGCCAUCACCAAUAAAUGCUUUCAGCAACUUUCCUAUAGGCUUGAACUCGAACUUGAAUGUAAAUAUGGAUAUGAACAGUAUUAAAGAGCCACAGUCAAGACUAAGGAAGUGGACUACAGUGGACAGCAUUUCUGUGAACACAUCUUUGGAUCAAAAUUCCAGCAAACAUGGUGCUAUUUCAAGUGGUUUCAGGCUGGAGGAAUCCCCAUUUGUUCCCUAUGACUUUAUGAACAGCAGUUCUUCACCAGCCAGUCCUCCAGGUUCAGUAGGAGAUGGCUGGCCACGUGCCAAAUCGCCCAACGGCUCUAGCAGUGUUAACUGGCCACCAGAAUUUCGCCCUGGUGAGCCAUGGAAAGGUUAUCCAAACAUUGACCCCGAAACUGACCCUUACGUCACUCCUGGCAGUGUCAUAAACAAUCUUUCAAUUAAUACUGUGCGGGAAGUUGACCACCUCAGGGACAGGAACAGUGGGUCAUCCUCAUCCUUGAACACCACGCUGCCUUCAACUAGUGCCUGGUCAUCCAUUCGUGCCUCCAACUACAACGUUCCCCUCAGCAGUACAGCACAAAGCACUUCAGCCAGAAAUAGUGAUUCCAAAUUGACAUGGUCUCCUGGUUCAGUCACAAACACCUCUCUGGCUCAUGAGCUGUGGAAGGUCCCUUUGCCACCUAAGAACAUCACUGCUCCGUCCCGCCCGCCUCCGGGACUGACUGGUCAGAAGCCGCCCUUGUCUACGUGGGAUAAUUCUCCCCUUCGUGUAGGUGGAGGAUGGGGAAAUUCUGACGCCAGAUAUACCCCAGGUUCCAGCUGGGGUGAGAGCAGCUCAGGGAGAAUAACAAAUUGGCUUGUUCUGAAAAACCUUACACCUCAGAUCGAUGGCUCAACUCUGCGUACCCUGUGCAUGCAGCAUGGCCCGCUGAUCACAUUCCACCUGAACCUCCCACACGGAAACGCUUUGGUCCGCUACAGUUCAAAAGAAGAGGUAGUGAAGGCACAAAAGUCUCUGCACAUGUGCGUCCUGGGGAACACGACUAUUCUUGCUGAGUUUGCCAGUGAAGAGGAGAUCAGUCGUUUCUUUGCACAAAGUCAGUCUCUGACCCCUUCUCCUGGCUGGCAGUCCCUCGGGUCCAGCCAGAGCCGGCUGGGCUCCCUCGACUGUUCCCACUCCUUCUCCAGCCGGACCGAUCUCAAUCACUGGAAUGGUGCUGGGCUGUCGGGAACUAACUGUGGAGACCUUCACGGCACUUCCCUCUGGGGGACCCCACAUUAUUCCACAAGCCUGUGGGGUCCCCCAAGCAGCAGCGACCCCCGGGGAAUUAGCAGCCCAUCCCCCAUUAACGCUUUCCUUUCUGUUGACCACCUGGGUGGGGGUGGGGAGUCCAUGUAAGGGUGUAGUUGUAGACUCACAAACUGUGACCUCAAGAUGCGAGAGAUGGAGCACUAAGUUGGGCUCGCCGCCUGCAGCCAGGGGCCACCUGUGGGAACAGCUGUUCUCUGCACAUUUUCCACUUUGUUUUCCCCAAAACAUAUCAGUUUGAAUACUUGAAUCAUGCAGGCCAAUAUUAUAAUGUGAAAAGGUAUCUAUCUAUUUACACUCCCAAGUAGCGCCAUACAUGCUAGACCAUAUAGAAUGAGCUCACUUGUGUAUAUUCAUCAUGUUUAGCCUUGGAUUCAUUCUUCCUUUCUUCUUUCUGUUUUUUCUCCUCCCUCCCCACCCCCCCCCCUUUCCUUUUUUUGCAAAACCAUGUUUUGGGCUGAUAAUGUAUGAGCUUUUACCUUUGCACUGAAUGAUGUUCUCUCCGUCUAAUCGGCAAUAUGGGGGGGCAGCUGUUCCAGUGUAAAUGUUUACUCAAGGAUGUUCUUAAAGGUGUGCGCUCUCUACUAUGCCUUGAUGUUGCCUACCUUGUUGUGGUAUCGUGGAGUUUAAAAGAUCAAGUUAUGAUACUGACUUAGGAUUAUUAAUGAAAGUAUUGCACCAGUUUUUUCAUGUUGUAAAACUAAAGAAUUUCGCUCUGCAGUUUGAAAAACUGUGGCCACAGCUGUGACUUGCAGCCCACCUGCCACCCAGGACGGGCCCUGCACUUUGAAUAGGCUUUCCAUUUUGUUUUGAAGGUUCUCACGCUGAGCCUUCUUGUUUACAGAUUUUUUUGUUUGUUUUUUGAGAAAAAAAAAAUGUUUACUCUUCCAUCAUUUAAAAAAAAAAUUAAAAAACAAAAAAAAAAAUGGAGGAUGAUUUAAAAGAUGCUUUCUAUCUCUGGGAAAAAAGGAGCAGCAUUUGGCCAUGUUCUUUCGUUUUUCUAUUCCUGUCCUAAAUCAAAGAGCAUGGUUCUCAGGAAAACCAGUUCCCCAGUUUAAAAAAAAAAAAAAAAAAAUCCUUGUAUUUUUUUAUAGAAAAAAAAGAAACCCCCCCCCAACUUUUAGCACUGAUACUACGUAUUGCUCUGUUAAAGAAUUUUCUCUGCCAAAAAAAGAAAAAAAAGAAAAAAAUGCUUAAAGCUGGAGUUGGACAUUCUGCUUUCAGAUGCUGUCUUUUUCUUAGUGAUGAUGGUUUGCUAAUAAUCAAUAGGUAAUGAUUUUUGUAAUCCCAUCAAGUGGCUCUCUGUUUCUGCUCUCUUGUGACUGUGUUAAUGUUUAACUGUUGUACCUUAAAGCCGAAAUCAGUAACUAUGCAUACUGUAACCAAGGUAUUGGGCCUACAGAGUUGUUUGUUGUAUAAAGAAAAUUUUAAAUGUUGUUGCAAACUAACGAGUUACAUCAUUUUUAAAUUUCUUCCCCCCCCCCCUUUUUUCGCCCACAAAUGGUAUUAUAAUGCUUGCUUAGUCAAAGAAGAGAGACUAAACAAGGGUAAAAAUUUUAACAGUACAGAAUUUGCCAUCAUUUCAUUGCCUUGAUUCUAACUGUUUGUGUCCUAAGAUGCAAAAGAAGUCAGUGGCUUUUAACUGUUUACAAAUAGAAUGUGAUUGUAAAUGUACAGUUCGGUUGUGUUGAAUUAUGAACUUUCUUCAGAUAUAAUAAACCAUGACUUUUUGGCUGCUCAACA